GGGAACGGCCGUUCUGUGCGGUCGCUUCGAGGCAGCGUCGUACUCCGGACCAGACACUGCACUGGGUAGACAAAUGCUGUCUCUCAAGAAGAGAGUGUACGCCUUUGUGGCGUCGAAACAGCGAUGGUUCAGCGGGACGCAGAUGCUAGUGGCGUACUUGGCACCGAUUUACCUCGCGCCCCUACUAGCACCUGGAACCACGGAAGGUCGUUGUGCCUACUGCAUGUUUCUCGUGUUCGAGUUCUGGGCGCUGAACGUGAUCCCGGCGCCCAUGGCGUCGUCGGUGCCCUUCGUGCUGCUGCCGCUGCUGGGCGUCAUGGACCCGGACCUCGUGGCUGAGCAUUACAUGAACGAGACGAUGCUGUUCAUCGUGGGCGUCGUCCUGCUGGCCCUGGCCAUGGAAGGGACCAACAUAUACAGCCGCAUGGCGCUCGCCAUCCUGGGCGCGAGCGGCGCCGGCGUCAAGGCCGUCUUCACGGCGCUCAUGGCGCUCGCCUUCUGCGGCACGCUGCUCUUCGAGAACGUCCUCGCGACGCUCAUCGUGAUGCCCAUCGUCGAGUGCACCAUGGUCGAGAUCGAGAACGACGCGCUGACGAGCGCGCGGCGCCGGCGCAUGCUGCGCAGGGCCUCGGUCAUGGCGCGCCUCAUGAACCAGCCCGAGCCCGACCGGUGCAACCCGUCGCUGCCCGCGCUCAUGGCCUCGGCGCCACAGCCCGUCGGCUCGGGGGCGAUGACGCAGAUGUCUCGCCGCAGCAGUCGCGGCAGUCGCGACACCAUGUGGACACCCGAAUCAGGCCUGUCGUCCGGCUACACCAGGGGAGCGUUAGGUUACCGCAAAAGGAGCAGCGUUAUCACCCUGGACUUCGCCGCCAAGUUCGAGCAGGAGUCGCAGAAGUACCUGCUGAUCCGGCGAGUCCUGCUCUUGUCUGUCGCCUACUCGGCAACUCUUGGCGCCAUUGGUUCGGUCUUCGGCAACCCGGCGUCCCGGGUCCUGCGCACUGUGCUUGAAGAGUAA